GCCAUAGAAAACGGCGGCCCACGUGAAGCCUCAUGGAGUGUAAACAAGAGGACGAGACGGGAUGAAAAUGAGGUCGUUUAUUCCAAAUAUCGAAGACCCAGCUGAUUCAGAUGAAUCCAGUGAUGAAAUUCCCCCAGGUGGUGUGUUUCCCCUGGGGGGAAUACAAGCGGCCGAUGAUGACGAAGACGAAGAUGAGAUUAAUGGCAUCUCCAAUGACGAAGACAACGCCGAUGCAGACUCCAAUGACGAAGUGGACGGCAGCGAAGAUUACCCAGAAGGAGUCCAGAACGGGGUGGCAAAUGGCAGUGAGGAUAACGCAGAGCUGGAGGCCAAUGGGCAUGCCAACGUUGAUUCCAGCGAAGAGCUUGAGAAUGAUAGUGAUGCUGAAUACAGUGACGCAGAUGAUGUCGGUGCAAAUGACAGCGAUGCAAAUGACAGUGACAUAAAUGACAGUGACAAUGAAGAUGAUGAUGAGGACAAUGAUGUAGACCAGACUGUUGAGGAUGAAGACGACGAUAUGGACCAACUGGAUGGCAGUGACAUUGAUGAUGAAGAGGACUUUGUAGAGAUGAAAAGUGAUUCUGAGGAAGAUUCAGACUCAGAAUCUGAGGACGGGGAAGAGGCCACGAUGGAGAGCCUGUUUGGGAUCGAGCCGAAUGUCAAGGAAUCAAAUGCCCCCCCAGAUUACGAGGCCAAAUCCGGCAUUGUGGGCCUGUGUUUCCAUCCGAAGCGGGACCUCAUCUCGGCAGCCACCAUGGAUGGGGAUGCCAUAGUGUAUGAGUACAGCCUCGAAAGUGUUAAUGAGGUAGCAAAAUUCACGCAUCACAAAGAGCCAUGCAGAGCAGUGGGUUACAAUGAAGAUGGAAAUACUCUUUAUACCAUAAGCAAGGACUGCUCAUUGGCUGUUGUUGAUAUCCAGAAGGAGUCAAUCAAACAUCACUUCAAGGAGGCUCAUGAAUCUCCAAUAUACAGCUUUUUAUCCAUUUCUGAGAGAUUGUGUGCGACAGGAGAUGACGAUGGGACAGUCAAGAUCUGGGACCUGAGAUUGAAAAAAUCUGUGUUUGAUUUCAAAUGUGGUGAGGGGACAGUAUCUUCCCUGAUCACAGAUGGGUCUAUGAAGUAUCUUUGUGCAUCAUUAGUUGAUGGGUCCAUAGCAGGAUUUAACAUAAAGAAAAGGCAGUUAGAAGUGCAGUCAGAGUUCUAUGAUUCUGGGAUGAACGCCAUGACCCUUGUCCGCAAUGAAUCAAAGUUGGUUGUCGGGUCGGAGGAAGGGACAUUCUACAUAUUCAACUGGGGAGACUUUGGCUACCAUGUAGACAGGUACGGUGGCGUCCCUGAAGAAAUCCACUGUGUUCUACCACUUGCAGACAAGUUAAUUCUGGCUGGCUAUGAUGAUGGGAACAUCAGGGCUAUGCAUUUUUACCCCCACCGUUUCGUGGGUGUUGUCGGGGAGCAUCGAGAUUUUGGUAUAAACUGCCUAGAAAAGUGCAGAGAAGGAAAAUACAUAGCUUCCUGUUCCAUGGAUGGAUUGGUGCGCUUUUGGAACAUUAAUUAUCUGUAUGGAAAGAAAAUUAAUCCUAAAAAGAAGGCUAACAUAGACAAGAGUCAGUUCAAAUUGGAGUCCUCAAGGCAAAGAAACCGUUGGGAUUUCUACCGAGAUUUACCCCGUUUUAUGGAAUCCGAUGAGGAGGAAGGGCCAAUCGCAGGGCCCAGUGAGCAGAUGGAGGACUCCGAUUCUGAUUAAGCAGAUCUGGGAGUCUUUCUUCUCUGGAGAGGACUCAGAUUCUGCCUCUUAUUUUAGGUAUUAUUGUGGUGAUUGCUUUUUCCACGAGAUUAAUGUAUGACUUGUAUUGUUCUGUUAUAUUGUAAAUAUAUUUCAAAAGCAGGUUAGCAAAAGAUGGAAGAUGUAUUUGUUAUUUAAUUUUUUUUUCAGUAGAGAAAAUUUAAUGGGAUUUUAGACAUGUUAGAAGAUGAAUGUUUUUUUUUUUUUUUCAUAUUGUAACUCUAUCUCAGAAGAUAAUGCUAUUACUCAUAUGAUAAAAAAAGGGUCAUGGAAUCCAUUACAGAAAGGACAAAAGACAUUGGUAACAAUUGAUAAAAUUAUCCUGGAAUUACUGGUAAUAAGUAGACAGAAUGACAAUUUCAAAUCUGUAUGUAGAAAGAAAUCCCUUCUAGAACUUUGAGAUGCAGAUAUUCUAAAGAAAUUGUGAAUCUUGUGAGAUGCAGCAUUAGGGAAGUUCAAGCACCAUUAACUCUGUGGCACCAUAAACAUGGGCCUCUUUUAUAAAGUAAGCUCCAAAUACUUAGCAUUUGUAAUAUGUUUUCCUAAGCAAAAAUAAUCAGGUGUCUUUAGUGUACAGUUGGAUGAAUGUGUUAUUCAAAGCCAUUGUAAAUUGUACAUUGCAGUAGAAUCAUUUAAGAGUAUGUAUUUUUUUCAACUUGCAGUUUGAUUAUCUCUAUGUAAUAUCCUUAAUAGUUAAGAGAGUUGUCUACGUACAAAAAAGUGUGCUUCGUAUAGAGAGCAUAUUAACUAGAGGUAGGCCAUGGGAGGUGAAAAGAGAAAGAAAGAACUGAACUGGGGAAUAGUUCAUGGGAAAAGAAGGCUGUGAGCAAGGGAUUUCUGUACACUUAGGGAAAUUGGGAAGGUUUUUGCAUACUACUGCUUUUGCCUUUGUUCUUAGUGCUGUUUUUUUUUAUUUUAUUUUGUUUAAACUGUGAAAAACUUUUUUUUUUAUUCAGUUGACUUUACUGGUAUUAUUAUUGAUGUUAUUAUUCUUGUCAUCAUCAUUAUCAUUGUCAUCAUCAUUGUUAUCAUUAUUGUCAUCACCAUCCUCCUCCUCCUCCUCCUCCUCCUCCUCCUCCUCCUCCUCCUCCUCCUCAUCAUCAUCAUCAUCAAUCAUCAUCAAUUGUCAUCAAUCGUCAUCAGUUGUCAUCAGUCAUCAUCAAUCAUGAUAUCAUCAUAUCAUCAUCAUGAUAUCAUCAUCAUCAUAGCAUCAUCAUCAUAUCAUCAUCAUCAUAUCAUCAUCAUAUCAUCAUCAUCAUCAUCAUCAUCAUCAUCAUCAUCAUCAUCAUCAUCAUCAUCAUCAUCAUCAUCAUCAUCAUCAUCAUCAUCAUCAUCCAUCAGUCAUCAAUCAUGUUUUAUUAUUAUUAUUAUUUUCUUUCUUCAUCUUAUUUUAUUAUUUUUAUUUUUUUUAUCACUGUUGAAUAUCAUUGUAAAUGUUAUUUUUAAAAGCUUCACUUUUACCUUUGAUUUUGUUUUUUUGUUUUUACAUUUUAUUGGGUAUUAUUAUUAUUUUACUUUAUCAUUAAAAUAAUCAUUAUUACUUUUAUUGUUAUGAUAAUUAUUAUUAUCUAAUCAUCAGUAUUACUUCAUAGAAAUAAUAAUUAUUGUUGUUGUUAGUAGUAUUAAUACUAAUAUUGAUACUGAUGGUGCUGAUAAUAUGUUAUUUUUAUUAUUACAGUCUAUCCUCAUUACAACUAACUAAAAGGAGUAAAUUCUGGUCUUAUAAUUGAAUUGAUCCGUAACAACUGGGGAUCUAGAUCUAUUAAAUUCUUACCUGGCUUUUGCUGUGAAUUUUUUUUCCCAUUCUCAGGACAAUCGGUUGUAUUUUAAAGCAGUGAAUAAAUGUAAUAGGGGUUUUC